GGCUGGCAGGAGGCUGUGGAUGUCUGGAUGGUGUUGCUACCAUGGGCUCCUGCGUGUGCCGGAGCGGGCGAGCCCCGCGUGCCUCCUGCCUGCCCGGCCCAGCCGUGCACAGCGUGAGAUAAACAAAGCUGCCUCUGGACAUGUCAUGCCUUAAAAUAGAUGUUCAGGCAUCAGCCUCUCUCUCUCCAGCGGCGGCGGCAGCGGCGAGACAUGGCCGACUGGAGCUGAUCCUGCCCCCGCUCCCAGAAGGAAUCCCAGCCCUCGCCAAGGACCGUGGGUGGCAGCGGCAGCAGAGGUGACCCCCAGGCCCCCGCUCGGCCUCCUCGCCCCCACAGGUAUGCCUUGUGGCUCUCGGCAGCUCCCAUGGCCUUCCUGUCCAGGUUCUACAGGGCCAGCAGCAGGUCCCCCAGCCGGGCCCCGCGGGAGGAGCGCAGGGGACACCCCAUCCUCAGCGUGUUCGAGCUGGAGAGGCUCCUGUACACGGGCAAGACGGCCUGCAACCACGCCGAUGAGGUGUGGCCAGGGCUCUACCUGGGAGACCAAGAUAUAGCCUCCAACCGGCGGGAGCUGGCCCACCUGCGCAUCACCCACGUGCUCAACGCCUCCCACAGCAAGUGGAGGGGGGGUGCCGAGUACUACGAGGGCACCGGGAUCCGCUACCUGGGCAUCGAGGCGCACGACUCGCCCUCCUUCGACAUGAGCCCCUACUUCUACCCCGCCGCCGACUUCAUCCACCAGGCCCUGAACGAAGGGAGGAUCCUCGUGCACUGCGCCGUCGGGGUCAGCAGGUCGGCCACCUUGGUCCUCGCCUACCUCAUGAUCCGCCACCACAUGCCCCUCGUGGAAGCCAUAAAGACGGUCAAGGACCACCGUGGUAUCAUCCCCAACCGCGGCUUCCUGCGCCAGCUGGUGGCCCUGGACAAUGCCCUGAGGCUGAAGAGGAGCUCCUGAAGGAGGAGGAGGAGGAGGAGGAGGAGGGGUGCUGUGGUGGGAGCAGUGCCCACCUCCUGCCCGCUGAGCUCAGAGCAGGCUCAUGGGUCACCCGAGCCCAGGGGGUGCCCAGCCCUGCCAGCUAUUCCCAGUGCCCUCCACCUGCAAUCCUGCCAGCCAGGCAGGCCUAACCAGAGCCUCCCUCCCAGCCUGCUCGCUCCAAGAUGCCUCCAGAGGGACUCGGCCCCACCUUACCGGUCACUCCAUCCCUGCGGGCUCCAGGCCUCGUUCUCCCUCCUGGAAAUGCAUUUUCCAAGCCAGUCCUGCCCCUCCCUCGCAGGACACCGAAGCUCUCUGCGUCCCCUGUCGUGUCCCCCGUGUGUUCUCGGUGUGUGUAGCCUUGUGAACCAGGUCUGGUGUGUGGGCUCAGCCACACCGGCCCCUCGUCCUUGUGUCUGGGUGUUCUCCAUGCCUCGUGUCACCCCGUGAAAAUAAAGCCAGUGCUAAGGAGAAA